AUGAGCGCCGCGCUGGUGGGGUACAGCAGCUCCGAGGAGGAGCAGGAGGACGAGGAGGAAGGGGGGAGCCGGGGCGGCGGCGCGCAGGGGCUCCCCGGGGCCAGCUCCGGCCGCCCCCGCCUGCCCGCGCCCGCCGGCCUGCCGGGAGACCCGGAUCCGGAGGAGGCCGUGAGCGAUGACAGCUCCCGGCACGGCGGCCGCGUGCGCGGCUUCCCCCACGAGCGGGGCAACUGGGCCACUCACGUCUACCUGCCCUACAUUGCCCGGGAGGAAUUCCUGGAGCUGCUGGAGCUGCUGGUGUCCCGCGCCCGCACCUACGUCCCGUCGCUGGCUGCCAUGGAGGAGUUCCACCUGAGCCUCUCGCAGUGCGUGGUGCUGCGCUACCACUGGAUAGAGCCCUUCGUUCGCUCCCUCAGGGAGCGCCUGGCCACCUUCCACAGGUUCUUCUGUGUGGCUGACCAACUGAAGGUUUACACCAACCAGAACAAAACCAGGACCUUUAUUGGCUUGGAGGUCUCUGCUGGGCAUUUCCAGCUGCUGGAGCUGGUCUCAGAGGUGGAUGGUGUUCUAGAGGAAUUUGACCUUCCCACAUUCUACAAGGACCCAUCAUUCCACAUCAGCUUGGCCUGGUGCGUCGGGGACCUGUCUGGCAGGCUGGAAGGGCAGUGUCUGCGGGAGCUCCAGGACAUUGUGGAUGGGUUUGAGGAGUCAGCAUUCCUGCUGCGUAUCCAAUGGGAGCAAAUCCGCUGCAAGUCAGGGAACAAAUAUUUCUCCUUCCCCUUGAGGUAGGGACAGGUGGGGCUGUGCAUUUUGGAGCCUCGAAGAGCCUGAUGCUGGACCAAGGAUGGUUGUCUGGCACAGCUCUGGGUGGUGUGGGCUGUCACGCACCUCCAGCCUUUUCUUGCCUGCUCAGCGUCUCUGUGGUGUUUGUGGCCUCAAGUCAGGCUACUUCCAGUUUGAGCUGCUGGCUGAAGAAAAGUGUGUUUGUAGCAGAUUUCAUCCUCGCUGCUGGAUGUGCUACAGUCAGCACUGGUGGUUCCAGACAUC